AUGACAGAAAAAUCGUUGUUAACAUUGAUAAAAGACAGAGGACUUUUGAAUUCACGUUCUGUGAUUGAUAACAAGGAUAACAUUACAAAGUACUUGUCUCCUGGAAGUGUUGUGGAGUUUUAUGGAAAUCGCAAGGCUUUUGGCAAAAUUCUUGUAAGUUUUUUAUAAAAGGCUACAAAUUAUAACUGUGGUAGGAAAACCUGUGGAAUCUUCCACGAGCUUGCUUUUUCUCGGUUUUUUCAUAAAAUAUUAUUAUAAUUUCAAUGUAUAGUACGUACAUUCUGUAAUUGCUGGAAUUUUACUGGAUGAACAAAAACGGAACACUUACAACAUAAUGGUGUUCGAUUAUGGGCAACAAUUUUCAUCUGACUUGUUAUUGAAGUUGUUGAUGGAGAAAAGCGUGAAGAAAGUAAGUUAUUAGCAGCGUUAUAGAAGUAAACUUUGUAUAGUAACUUAUUCAUUAAAGUCUCACUAGUUGCUAAUUGAGUUGUAAAUAUAACUAAAAACCCGUAUUAUUAUUCUAUUUUACAGGAUGUAAACGUGAAAGAACUUAUGAAAACAGUCAAAAUAUUCAACACGAUAACAUACGAAUUGACACUACGGACUCUGAGGGCAAUUUCGAAUAAAAUUGUAACGACCAGAUGGGACACAUAUCGACAACGAAAACCUAGAUCAACUCCUUUGGUCGUUAUGAUGGAUAUUGGUAGUUUGUUAUACUAUACUGGAACUGAUUACUCUGGCCUACAACGUCAGAAUGAAGUAUUCAAAUGUUUUGAUGCUAUGAAGCGUGUUGGAGGAUUGAUUGUGGUGCUGAAUCAUUGUAAGUCGUCAGAUGACAGAGUAGUGGAACCAGCUUUGGGGAAGAACUGGAGGGACAUGGUACCUACAAGGUUCUACUUUAACAAGGAUUCACAAGGUUUUUUCUAUGUCAGCAUGAUGAAAACAGAAGUUCCAAAGAAGGUUUACUACAAUAUGAAGGCUCUAUCAAUCUAGUUAACAUAAGGUAGGUGAGUUUUUUAAAAUAAAGCUCUUAAUGUUACUAGACAUGAGCAACGGGCCGGGCCUAAGUUUUAGGCCCGGCCUGUUUUUGAUUUUGGUCAGGCCCGGCCCGAUCAGAAAAUUUCUAGGCCCGGCCCGGCCCGUUUUAAAAAAUUUAAAAAAUUUUAAAACUUAAAAACUAAACGGAAGUUUGACUUUAAAUUGUUUUUUUAGGUCAUUUAUGGAUCAUAGAAUCCAAUAAAAUCGAAAAACAUAAACGGGAAUUAAAAUAAAAAAUUUUAAAAAAUUUAAAAAAAUUUUUUUUUUCGGGUACGAGCCCAAUUUUCAAGCCCGGCCCGUUUUCGAUUUUGCUCAGGCCCGGCCCGUUGCUCAUGUCUAAAUGUUACCUAAAAUAUUUUUUUUGACAGUCUGUGAAUGUUCUAAAGCUGGCGAAAGAAUCUUGUCUUUAAUUAGGUAAUGAACUUGAGUAGAUGCCGCAAUUAGUGCUGCGUUUUUGCAUUUUUAAUUUGACGCAUUCGUUGAAUUUUGAGUAGUAUCUUUAAUAUCAGUAUUAUAUUUCGCAGCUUCUGGAUUUUACAUUUUAGUUACUAUUUUAAGCGUUAUUGGGUAUUAAGCAGGUAAUAGCAAACGUUUUAAAAGAGUAUUUUGUUUUGUUUAUCAUUUGGGAUCUAUUUCCGUAUGUUUAGGUAAAAAAAUAACAAAUUAAGCCCUUUAAAACAACAAAUGUCAAGUUCGAACAUUCUGAAGUUUUUGUAAAUCGAAAAAUAAAAAAAGUUGAGUCAUCACGGCCAAUUGGCCGCUGGAUUUCCUACAAUUUGUACCUUUAUCUUUUUAUGUCCUACAUCUUGUCAUAACGUCUUUAGUGUUGCUCAUUUUAAAAAACGAGUGUUUGGCAAUGUUUAGAAUUCGAGUGUUUUGAUUUGCUCACAAUGUGUUACUUUAUGGUCAAUAUGUUACCUGGUGAUCAUGAUGUUACUCAAUGACCAGCAUGCUACCUAUGAACUCGAUGAUUACCUGAGGUUGUAACAUGAAACCCUGGGGCAUCUGGUUUGAUCAGUUUUCGGAUUUGCGGUUACAGCAUUUAAUAUCGGGCAGGGCCACGCCUCCUGAAGCGUCUGGCCAAGGAGAGCUCAACUUUCCUUCUUUUUAUUAAAGUGCCGCCAACUCGGCGGAGCUGCUGUCAAAUCCGGAAAACAGUUGAUCUGUGGCGAUUGAUCACCGCGCAUCUUCCGAUUCCGUUUUUUGUCACUUUUUCGACUUUUUGAUGCCAUAACUGGGCUUGGCCAUACUUUAUCUGUCUUUCUUUGGCCAUCUUUCGAAUUCUUUGGUUGACGGCUGUUAUCAGAUAGCCGAAGCUCAUCACUCAUCUCAAACGUUUCUCUUUAUUACCGACUUGAUUUGAACUUUUAAAACAGUUCAGUUUGGUCAAAAAUUUUUUAAAAUUUGCUGGAUAAAAUUUUAAGCACGAUUUUUUAAAACUGUUACUUGAUAUACUGUAAUUUUUAUUUUUUGACGUCUUAUGAAACAUAACUUGAAGUUUAAUAUAAUAUACAUGAACUUUUAGGAUGUCGGCGGUCUCCACGCGGGUACUGUUGGCCGCCGUUCUCGUAACAUUACUGGUCGGAGCGGUGAUUGUGUUUCUACUGAAUGCUGAUAAGGAUACGGUAGUCAGUUCAUUGGAUCAAUUAAAUUCUACAGAGACCACAGCAUCAGACGAGUUGUUGUUUGAAGGCUCAGGUCAAGGCAUAACUUCGGCAGAAGCCACAUCAACAGAAGCUACAACAUUAGAUGACACGGUUUCCACGUCAACAACAGUUGAGGUAACGUCAGCAGCUACGACAGCGUUUAUUCCAAUUGAAGAAGAUGAAAAGAAGUCGUUACCUCAAUGUUCGUCUACUGUGGUGGAUAGCAGGCCUCAAUGUGAUGCUGAUGUGUCAGUUUUUUUAUUGUUAAAACUUUUUAAAUUAGUACUGUAAAAUAUUAAUAUUGCUUUUACUAAUUAUUACACAUGCUUUAGUUCCUUAACAAAAGAAGUAUAUGAUCGCUGGACUGACUCCAAGUUCACUCACCAACUUCUCGACCUUCUGAACGAUGUUCAUCCUCUACAUUACGAUGUCAACAUUACGGUGUCACACAUUGACAUCCGUUUACUCAAGGCGUCUGUAGAAUUAUUUGUCAAACUUCCGGAAGGCGGAUCUCUGAUUCCGCUACAUUUGCAUCGUACUGUAAACAAUCUGGCCAAGAACAAGAUCUGGGUGCGGGAAUGCGAGACUGGUAAGGUUUAUCACAAGAUGGCGAUAAAAUGCGGUCGAAUGAAAAAAAGAGCCGCUUUAAGGUUAUAGGCGGCAGAAGGGUCUGGGAAGAGGAGGGGGGGGUUAACAAUGUGGUAAUAAUGGGGAGAUGAACUGAUUGGCAUGGCAUAAAGUUGCAUUGAUUUUUUGAUAUGUUUUAAAGUUUUUUACUAUGGUAAUAGUAUGCCUUCAAUGAUAGACGUUUUAGAAGUUUAGCUAUUUAUUUCAGGUCGUUUUGUUUGUGUAUCAUCAGUUACCCACCUCAACGAACAACGUCUUCUGCUGGUCGGCCUAAAUGAAACUCUUCCACCAGCUUCUCUCAUCUCAAUCUACUUUGAAGACUUUGAAAUCCAAGUUCAUUCUAACAUUGGACUGGUCCUACAAGCACCGUCUUUAUGGGAGAAGCAACGUGCAUGGAUUCUGGCUACACUAUUCGACGAAACUGGUGCCAGAACAGUCUUUCCAGUGGUCGAUCAGACAACUGCCAAAGCCUCGUGGAGGUUGUGUUUGGAUCACUUCAAGAACAUGACUUCUAGAAGUAAUAUGCCUUCCGAACGGAUUUUUGAAUCUGGAGAGAACAGGAUCCAGCAGUGCUUCAAGACUUCUCCAGCUCUCCGAUCAGAUCAGUUUGCUUUUGUCAUCUUCGACAAUCUGGUGGCUAUUCAUUCAGAUACUGACAAACCUCGAUUGGAAGUGUUUGUAGCCAAGCAUGUAGCCGAAACGAAGUGGUUGAUUACAGAAGUUCAAACAGCGUUACGUAGAAUGGCUGAUUUGACUGGAUUACAGUAUCCAUUGGAGAAGCUGACGGUACUAUCAACACCAUUGUCUAUUGACGGUACUCACGAUCUGGGCUUGAUUCAGGUCAAGGAUACCUGGGUGGAGUACCCAAAUUAUGUACUGACACAUUCCAUUUUGAUCAGUCAGCUGGUACAACAGUGGAUUUCCAAUGUUUUUACAAUUUGUGAUCUGUGUGUUCAAGUAAGUUGAUAUUUUGAAUUACUUAGUUUUUAUGUUACCUAUUAAUUCUUCUGUUUAUUUAAAUUUCUAUAUACAAAAAUGUUUUAGUCUUUUUUAUAUUAAACAUAAAAAGUCUUAAAUUUUUGUAAAUUUUACUUAAAAAACACUUGCAUUAUGUUAGUGUAGCCAUUAAGCGAACGAAUAAGUGAUGAUUUAUGAAACAUUUUGAGUACCUUCACUAUCAUUCAUCUCUCCAAUGCCAAUGUUUGCUUUCUCCAAACAACUUUUGUUUAUGAUCUCAUUACCUCUCAAUCCCUGAUAUUAUCCCUCUCCCCCUUUUCCUUAAGUGUUUCUCAAGCUGAAAAAACAGUUGUCACUCGUGUUGCGUAAUUGGAAAGCCAUUUUUAAAAUAGUUUAAAGUAAUUGUAACUCGACGCUCAUGACUUUUCAACUCGUUUGUUGUAAAAAGCAAACAAAUCCUGACAAAUUGAAAUCGAAUAUCAAUCUGAUAGCGGGCUAAUUGACAUAUCUGCAGGACGGAUUGGCCUCCUACAUCGAGUGGGUCGUGGGCUCCGAAUACGAAUCCAUCGGAAUGGACGUUCGCAAACGUGCUUCAGACGCCAGAAACAGAUUGUUGAAGUACCACAACGAAAGAGCACCACUAAUGACAUUGCAAAUUGUACCAACCAAGCCUGAGAAGGAAUGUGUCACUAAAAAUGCACUCUUGUUUGCAUCGAUUGGAGAAAUAUUUGGCAGUGAUGCGGUCAAGAGGUUCAUCACCACGAUAGCCAAUGCCAGGAAAUGGGGAAGUUGUUUGAGCGACGAAGAGAUCGGCAACUCGUUGUUUGGAGCUACCAACUCGAUUGUGUCAAGUAAGCUUUCAGAUUAGAUUAAUUUUAUUGUAGUAGAUGCUACAGGAUAUUUUUAAAAUAGUAUUCUUGUAUAUAUAGUUAAAUCAUGUUUCGUCAAAUUCACCUCAAGAAACGACGUGAUAAUGUUUCCAAAUGUUGUAGUAACACUUGUACUUUCAGAGCGGAUGUUUGACUCGUUUGCCAGCUCUCCGGAUUAUCCAACCUUAAAGUUCAAGAUGUCUGGUCAUCACUUGUCAGUUCAAUUAGAAAACGAAGCCGGUGAAGAGAAGCAACUUGAUAUGACAGUUCCUUUCGGACUUUUGGACAAUCGAGGAAGACACCUCACCUUGGUUCACAAUGGUACCACGAUAGAGGAGAAUCUGGAGGGCACCACGGUCUUGGCCAACCCCAACACUACCACUUUGUUCAGGUCUUUGUACGAUGUGAGUUUAUUUAAAAAAUCAAAAGUAACCUAUGUUAUCUAUUGUCUAUUAUGACAUAAAGGUACCUUAAAUAUGACAUAAAGGUAUUUUCAAUAAUGUAAAUCUAGCCCUGCUUUGGUUACAUAAAUAUAAACAAUAAAUUAAAUGUUUACUCUUUCAGGUCGACAACUACGACCGUCUGGCGAACUGCGCUCUCGACGCGACCUGUCAAGAGUUCUCCACAGACCUCGUGUCCCAAGCUUUCAGUGAUUUGUGUUGGGCUCAUUUGCAUAACAAGAUAAAGACCAACGGCCACAACCAACAAUGGCAACUCUUGUUCAAGAAAUUAGCUAAAACAACGUUGGUUAAGCCAGACUGUGCUUGUUGUAUGCAGAGUAAAGAAGAAGCUACCGCCAAGUGCAAAUGGACAUGGAAGAGUCGAUGUUCAUCAUUACAGUUGAAGGUCGAAAAGUUCUAA